AAAAGUUAAUUUUGUGUGACAACAGAAGUCGCUGUUCUUAAUUUGACGGCAUAGAAUGGCAGAUAUGGAGAAAGUGAAUGAGAAGGAGGAGGAGGAGGAGUUGCCGCCGCCGCCCUCAGACGUCACGGAUCAGGUUGAGGACGAUGCUAACGAUAUGGCGCCAGUGGAUCAAAUUAACAAAGCUGAGACGGAAAUGCAAGAGACGGAGAUGACGAUGAAAGCUGCGGGGUUGAAAAUCGGAGGGGGCUUCCGGUACACUCAAGAAAGUAAGGUUGGAGAGCAAGAGGAGGAGGGUAGUGAGACGAAAAAGGGGAGUAGUGAAGAUGGAGAGAGAGAGAGGAAUGAGACGAUAGAGUUUGAAGUGACAUAUGUGGACAAUGGGGAAAAAGAGGUUGAAUUGGUGUUGGAUUUGGACAAGUUCAAGAGAUAUGCUCCACACUGCCACAACUGCAACCAUCUGGCUACCAAACUUAUUCUUCGUCGGAAGAUUCCUGAUCCGAAUCCGAACCCGAAUCAGAUUCAGACAAAAAAAUAUUGGUUUGUGGUAUGGUUUGAGUUUUUCUUCGUUUGGAUUUGGGGGAAACUGGAUCUCACUCCAGGCAAGCAAGUUCAUCAACCUGCAGAUUCUGGAAAGAGUGCAAACAAAGAAACACGCAAGGAAGGUGGAAAAGAUCUACUUCCAAACCUACCAAACAAAAAUGGAAAUGAUCCUAAGAGAGGAAAAAUCGAAAACGAAGGAGGUGGAAAAAGUCAACUUCCAUCAAUCGACCAACCAGACGAAAAUGAACAUGAGCCUAAAGGAGAUAUUGAAAAUGAUGAAAAUGAUGGAAAACACAAGGUAGAAGGGGAAAAAGAUAAACAUCCAUCAACCGACAAACCAGACAAAAAUGAAAACAAAGAAUUACGAAAUGAGAAGAAAAAUGAGAAGCAGCAGAAGACUAGGAGAAGUGAAUCAGAAUCAAGUGAUAGUGAAGCUGAUACAGAUGAGGAGGAGGAGGAGGAGGACACGAAACCGAAGAUUCUAGAGUUACUUACAAGACUUCGUGGUAGUCUAAAACUAGUGGAGAUCUUAAAAUGCAUUGUGUACGGAGGUCUAAUCGAGUCCAUCACCAGCUUGAGCGUCGUCGCCUCUGGGGCCGCCACAGAUGCCUCUACAUUGAAUGUCUUUGCUAUUGGAUUGGCACUCCUAUUCAGUGGCCUCAUUGCUAUUGGAAAUAUGCUUGUUGAACUAAAGAGGGGUAGAAAUAAACAUUACAAGGAGCAACUUGGUGGUAGUAAGAAGAAGUUUGUAUUUCACUCCACAUUAGUGAUACUAUCAUACCUCGUUUUUGGGCUGGUAGCCCCCUCUACUUUCGCCUUCACCUUUGUCGACAAGUACGCCAAGAUUCUUGCUGCGGCUGCUGCGGCUUUUUCUUGCAUUUUCAUCCUGGCGAUUGCCAAAGUUUAUACUAGCGAAGACAAACAUUUUCCCCAUUCCUACAUUGAGAUGGCCUGCAACUAUCUUAUCAUUUCAUUUUUUACCUCGGGAAUCGCAUACACGGUCGGGUAUAGCAUUGAAAUGUACGUGCUCAAGCUUGGAUUGUUUACGUCAGUUGAGCGCGUUAGCUGUUACCAUGGUGAGGCCUACUAGGUAAACCAACGAGCUGAUCUUCUAUUUUGUUUGUUGUUAUUUUUGUUUAUGCACUAGUUUCAUGAAUAAAUAUGUAAUCCAUGCGUUUCCAUUUCAUUCACAUUUUGAUAUAAUGAAUUAUGAUAUCUUUUCA